UCCUCCUGGACGAGCAGGCUUUCCGGGUGACAAAGGAAGUCUGGGGAUUCCAGGAAGAAUGGGCUUUAAAGGACAAGCAGGGGAGAAGGGAGCCCCAGGAGAACCAGGUCUAUCUAUCAUUGGACCAAGAGGACCUCCUGGCCAACCAGGAACAAGAGGAUUCCCAGGCUUCCCAGGCCCCAUUGGGUUGGAUGGCAAGCCUGGACAAAGUGGGCCUAAGGGUGACUUGGGUUCGCGUGGUCCUAAAGGACUCCCUGGGGAACCGGGACCCAAAGGAGAGAAGGGUGUCUGUGGUGACUACACACAUCGGAAGCGACGUAUUGUACAUCCCUGUGUUGGACAGUCGGCCACAAUGUUGCCUAUCACCGUGCGCAACAUGCCCUCAAUAAGCCCUCUAAUCCUAAAACGCCUCAAGCAGGGCGAGCCAGGAGCGCAGGGCCCCCCUGGACCUCCUGGGCUUCCAGGUAACCCAGGCCUCAACGGAGCCAGCGGCCCGCCGGGUAAGCCAGGUGAACCAGGAAAACCAGGAAAAGACCCCAGGCUUUUACCAGGAUUGAAGGGUGAGCCAGGUAUGCCAGGGCAGAAGGGCGAUCAAGGGGAUGUUGGCCCACCAGGUCCUGAAGGCCCAAAGGGCGGCCAAGGAAUCAAGGGAGAACCAGGCUUCCCAGGAUCUCCUGGGUCAAAGGGCCAGGCUGGCACCCCUGGUAUCCCUGGUAUCCCUGGCAAGAGGGGCUACAGGGGAGAAAAGGGGGAGUGUAUUAUUUCAGCGCUUGGAAUUAAAGGAGAACCUGGCCCACCAGGACUACCGGGCGGAAUGGGACCUAAGGGUAACAAAGGUGAUCAAGGAGAAGAGGGUGAAGCAGGUCCUGAAGGCCCCGUUGGACCAAGGGGCCCCCCUGGUCCAACUGGUGAGCCAGGAAAGGCUGAAAUCCACAAUAAUGAAAAUGAUAUUCGCAACAUACCUCUGAUGGGCCCGCCUGGAUUACCUGGACCUCCAGGGACACCAGGGCUCAACGGGGCAAAGGGCGAAGUUGGCCUUCCAGGUCCUCCAGGCCUGGAUGGGGAAAAAGGGCCGAGAGGAAAGCCUGGGGAGCCUGGUCCUCCAGGCCCAUUUGGCCCUGAGGGUCCCAGAGGAGAGGGUGGUGUCAUGGGUUUCCCCGGACCCAAGGGAGACAAGGGAGACAUGGGUCCUUCUGGAUCACCGGGUUUAGAUGGCCCUACUGGUGAAAAGGGGGCUACAGGGUCCCCUGGCCCUAUUGGAUUACCUGGCACAAUGGGGACAAAGGGCGAACCAGGGGAAGGAGGAAGGUCAGAGAUGCUCUACGGUCCUCCAGGUCCCCCAGGACCAGUUGGCCCAGCAGGAUCACAAGGACCUUCAGGGCCAAAGGGAGAACCUGGCAUCGGUUUCAGGGGAGAAAAGGGAGCAACGGGUCAGAAGGGUGACAAAGGAGACAGAGGCCAUCUUGGACUGCCUGGGGCUCAUGGGUUAGACGGCAGACCCGGUCCAGUGGGUCUGAUAGGACCAGCAGGUGUACCAGGGCCAGCAGGACCAAAGGGAGAGAGGGGUGAGAAGGGAGACACAGGAGUACCAGGACCAAUCGGCUCGCAAGGCAUCCCCGGUUUAGCAGGACCACAAGGACUCAAAGGCAACCGGGGUUUCCGAGGCUUUAAGGGGGAGAAAGGUGAACCGGGCUUGCCAGGCCUGGACGGGCUGGAUGCCCCUUGCCCUGUGGGAGAUGACGGCCUGCCUGUACCAGGCUGUUGGAACAAAUGAUAACUUUGGAAUGGCUUGUGUAAUUGUACAUAGGAUAUUUAUUUUUUUACCUAUCCUGUUAUAACACACCGCAAAGAUCUUAAAAACCAUAUGACAAAUGUUUUGUACUAAUUUUUUGUAUUUUUACAUAUGUAAGACAAUGUAUUUGACAUGUAUAUCUGUGCAUCACUUUUUAACAUGUUUGGAUCAGGAAGUAUUAAUGAUGAGCAGUUACAUAUGCAUGAUAUUUGUGCAUACUGUGGUGUGGAUAAUGCUUUUUAACUUAUUGUACUGUGUUGUUGUGUUCUGUUGGACUAGACCAUGCUGCACUGAGUUGAGGCUGGAAAGAUUCUUAAAGGCAUUUCAAAAAGUCUUAGUUGAACUCUCCUCUUUAUCGUUCAAACGUUACUUCACGUUCACACAGUGCUGGAAAGCUCUCCAAAGUCUUUAUUUUUAUGUUUGGUCGUGGGCUCAUAUUGUGCUGAUUAACUCCUUUUUUGUUCAUUUUAGGCCUGUCACGGUGUUUAAUGCUCAUUUCUGUCCCAUAAGCAAUUACAGCUUAGUCAAUUCCGAAGAGUACAUUUAGUACAUUAUAAAUAACAAUACUUUUAAGGGAAUGCUUUUACAGUAGAACCCGUUUUUGACUGGCUGACUCACGUCCACAUCAGCCGUCGACAUAACCAAAACUAGCCAUUGCUUGCACAUUUACUUGUGACAUAAGGCGAAUGGCUGAUAAUAAAGGAUUUUUCAACCUAUAACAUCAUUUUCCUGCAUUUAUUUUUAUUUGGAUUCUUGUAUUUUCCUUUCACAUUUUAUUUUAUAGUCUUAUCUAACAGACCUGCUGUGCUCAUUUGGUUGCACGUCUUGACUACAAUGACAAUAAAGUUUUUGUGCAUGCGCAAAUGUUUCUGUUGGUAAAAAAAAUUAAACGUGUGCAUUUUGUUAGUUGCUGUGGUAGAAUCCACCACAUCUUUAUACGUCCGUGCUUUUAUUUUGAAGCUUACUUGGCACUGAUCAGGAAGUGACGGUGUGUAGGUUCCUGUGUAACUAGACUAUAAAGACGCAAAUGAGUUGUCGUCAUUCAUUUUUUUGUAAUCGUUCAAAAAAUUAGACUUGUUUGCGAACGGCACAUAUCAAUAAGCGAGCCGGCGACCGGAUAAAAGCAGUUACAUAAUAAAGCGCCACAUUUCUUGCCGGUGCUGGCGUUGUAACGUCAUGUUUGAAAGUGCAAUUAGAUUCAUCCAUACUAGAAAGCAAUAACAGCUGAGCAACGUCACUUCCAACACUGGUUAUUCAUGUCAGUGUUGCAAUGCUUUGUCCUUAAUGAUGCAUUUUUUCAUUUCUGCUGCUCGUACUUCAAUGGAACCUUGGUUAGUGUCAAAUCCAUUCCAGAAGGUUCGACUCAAACAGAAACGGACGCAAACCGCAUACAUUUUUCCCAUAAAGGAAUAAUGUAAAUCCAAUUAAUCCGUUCCAGAAAACCAAAACUGCUAACACAAAACACACUUUUCUAGUUUUACAUCAGACAACAAUUUGAGAUGCAUAUAAAUGAUGAAUUGAAGGGAGAAAUGUCCAUUUUAGGUUAUAUUUACCUUCACUGAAAAUGUGAUUGUUGCCAAAGAGACGAUGUGGCGGUGAGAUAAAAACAGCUUUCUGUUUUGCCAUGAGUUAUUUCUUGAAUUCAAUUAUGCUUCUCACCUCAAGUCUCUGAUUUUCUUUUGAUCACGGCUACAAAAUAAGCCAAAAUAGAGCCAAAGAAAGGUGCCAGCGGCAGCAUUUUAAUAAAGGUGAGAAACACUAUUGAAUUUAAGAAACAACUCGGUGCCGGAUAGCAAACUGACGGUGCUGUCCGUGUUGAUGUCGCUGCCUCAUCGUGUCCUUGGCAACAAUCAUGUCUUAAAUGAAGGUCAAAGUAACCGUAAAUGUUCAUUUAUCCCUUUCAUUCAUCACAUAUGCAUUUACAAUUAUUUUACGCAUGUAAAACUAGAAUUGUAAAACUAUAAAAACGUGUUUUGUGUUAACAUUUUUGAGACAUGUCAAUUUAUCAAGGGUGUAAUUAUCAACCUUUUUUUAGCGUUUGAUGUAUCGAUUAUUGUGGCAGGCCCAGGCGUAACUGUGUUAGCAAGCAAAGAACUGCAGAAUCAACUGCUGGUGACGUCACAGACGGAUGACUUAGCUGACUUCCGCUUCCUUUUUCCAUGUCCUGUAUUAGCAAGCUAAUAGGAUGCUAACAAGGAUGUAAUCUGAAAAGAAAUACGUUAAGAACACAGUUGGACUUACGCAGUGUACACUGUGUUCCACAUGAUUAUGCAAAUAGAAUACCAGUAUCAUAAACAUACAUUUUUUGUUUUUCAAUGAAAUUCGUGGAUGAUAUUGUGUCUUGGGGCUCUUUGGAUUACUGAUAUCAAUCUCGGACAACUGUCAUGAUUAGGUUGCCAGCUGAGCCCAGUCAAAAGAAAACUUAAAAAUGACAUUUUUAAAUGACAUUAUUAAGCAUGCCACAGAUUUCAAGCAAUAUGGGAAAGAAAAAGGAUCUCUGUGUUGACAAAAAAAAGUGUCAAAUAUUGCACUGCCUUGGACAAGCCAUGAAAACAUUCAAUAAUUCACAAAAACUUCCAAACGGUGAAAAAAUUUGUAGCUGAUUCAAAUGACAGCCUAGGUUGUGCUGAUAAAUGAAAUAAAUAAUGAGAAAAGUUUCUGCCAGACAAAUGUAUCCAAUCAAGAAAAAAAGCAGCAAACAGGUAUUUGAAGCUGCUGGUCCCUCUGAAGUCCCAUGAACCUCAAGGUGUAGGAUCCUCCAGAGGCUUGCAGUUAUGCAUAAACCUACUAUUUGGCCACCCCUCACCAAUACUCCCAAGCAGAAACGGUUGCAGUGGGCCAGCAAAUACAUGAAGAUUCAUUUUUAACAAUCCUGUUUACUGAUGAGGGCCGUGCAACCUUGGGUGGUCUGGAUGGAUGACGUAGAGUAUGGCCAGCAUAUCUCACCAAGGCUGUGAUGUCAGCAAGGAGGUGGCUCAGUGAUGAAUCAUUGGUUCCGAUCAUUGGCUGGUAGGCCCUUUAUGGUCAUUGAAGGUAUGAAAAUGACCUCAGCAAAAUACAGGAUGUAGAGUUUCUUCCAUGGUACAAUAUGAAGAACCAUACCUUCUGUAGCUAAAUGACCUUCAUGCAUGACAAUGCACCAUCGCAUGAUGCAAAGAAUACCUACCUCUCUGUCAUUGGCUGUUAUGGGCAUAAAAGGAGAGAAACCCAUGGUUUGGUCUUUUUUCCCCCUGACCUCAACUCAAUUGAGAACCUAUGGAGCAUCGUCAAACUAGAACUAAUCUAUGAGGGUGGGAGGCAGAUCACAACAAAACAGCACCAGGGGUAGGCUAUUCUGACAUCGUGCAAAGAAAUUCAAGCAGAAACGCUCCGAAAACUCACAAGUUCGGUGUAGGAAUUGUGAAGGUUAGAUCAAAGAAGGGAUCUGAUGGUAACCUGUAACCUGGCCUGUUCAAAUGUUCGUGAUUGAAAUAGCUUUUACUUACCUGAUGCUGAAAAUUCAACAAAUGAUCAUUUGCGGUUCUUAACAACCAGUGAAAUGCUUCGAAACGCUGUUGUCAGACAAAAAUAUCAUUUGCAUUAUAAUGUGGAACACAGCGUAUUAACGACACCAUAAGACGUGCACCCUAUUAUACGAACGUGUACGCAGACUGAGGCAGAAUUUUGGCGUACAUUUUUGCUAACCGGAGCGUAUGCUAACCGAGGUUCCACUGUUUUUUUUGUGUCACGCGCGGACACCUCUGCAUCAGAUCCUUCAUUUUGUGUGUGUUUAGUAUGUUGGAACGCGGGGAAACAAACCCUGCACACAU